AUGGUUGACUUCGUUGAGACAAUCGAGGAUUGCAGAUUACUUGACCCGGGGUUCGACGGAUCGCCCUACACGUGGGCAAAGAAUGGUCUCUUGGAGAGGCUUGAUAGGAUUUUGGUGAGCGACGCUUGGCCACUGGUUUUUGAGGCGACAAGAGUUACUAACCUUCCACGUGUCUCAUCGGACCAUGGCCCGGUGUUGGCUAGAUGCAGAGGCCCUAACAGGCACUCCGGAGGAAAGGUUCUCAGAUUCCAACACAUGUGGAUCCGUCAUGAAAGUUUCUUGGACCUUGUGCACGAUACCUGGACCCAACCCACCGAUGCCGUGGGAUUGCUCAAUCUCCAAAUUAAGCUUGCGCGAACCAAGAAGACUCUCAAUCAAUGGAAUCUAGAAGUCUUUGGGAAUAUACACGCCAAUCUAAAGGAAAUGGAGGACAAGGUGGCCAUGGCCCAGUGCGAGUUAGUAUCAAACCCUUCGGUCGAAAAUAGAGCUUUGGUGAACAAGCUCAUCGCUAACUACAUCCUUCUCCUCAAAAUGGAGGAAGACUACUGGCAUUAG